AUGUAAUAAGAUGAUAAAAAUAUUGAUUUCAUUCCUGUUCCAAAAAAAAAUUAAAUUAUAGUUCCAUAUGAUUUUAAAUAGGAAAAAUAUGAUUUAACAGAUAAUGAUCUCAAAAUACUAUAGAAAUAUUUUUAAGAGUAAGAUUAUAUUCACUAUUUAAAUAAGAAAAGCUAUUCUGAAACAAAUGCAGAAAGAUUUCAAUCAAAAGAAGAGUUUGAACCCCUAUAAAAAAUCUUGUAAAAAAGUUCUAAUUCAUAUUAAUAUUUAGAUUACUUUGAAAAUAAUAUUACAUCUUCUAAGUUUUUUGAUUCUUCUAUCACUUAUUUACCUUUGGAUUGGAUUAUUCAUUGUUGUUUUAGCAGAUCCAAUCAUAAUGACUAUGUAUGGUUAUUUAGUGCCGUAUUUAAGUUGGUAUAAAGGAAUACGUCUGGGUGUUGAAUUAAUUAUAGAUUAUGGAAAGUCUAGACCAUUAUAAAGCUAUUUAAAAUCAAUGAACAAAAAACAUUUUGGCAGUAAAGGAAUUUAAUGGAAUGUUGGAGGAGGAGGAAAAUGGAUUCAGAUAGAUUAUUUGAUACACUUGAAAAAAUGA